AUGAAAGGUCGCAACUGGAGCCCCGUGGGGGCUCGUCGGAGGGGACUCAAGUCCUUCGCCGCCCGGCUGACCCUUCGGUUCCUCGCGGUUGCGUCCAUCGUCGUCAUGUACCACCUCAUCGAGCUACAUCUCCGCUAUCGAGAGGCCAUGCGCGCCAAGUAUCUCCCAACACGGUUCGAUUCUCUGCCGGACUACGACGAGGCGACGCUCGCCAGCACAGGAUGGGACGCCGACUCGUACACAGAAAACACGGAGCGCAGCACGCUGCUCGACAACAGGCGGCACUGGAAGAAACUCGGAAAGGGCCGCGAAGGCGAGACCUUUACCUUCAACAACACCGUCAUCAAGGUCUACAACGAGGAAACAACCCCGUUCCGCAACUGUAUGCAGGACACCAGAGCAUCGCCGAGGAGAUGGCCGACCGAGAUCCCGGCCAGUCUGAUCAUGGGAGGGCACAGGGACGGCUCAAACCCCUCCCACGACGAUCCCUACAGAGAGCUCUUCGUCCCUGUCAAGGACUACUUCCUCACCACCACGGACCCCUCUCAGCCUCCCAAAUGGCACCUGGUCACGCCGUUUCUCAAGUCGGGCACGCUGAAGAAGCUCGCAAAGACGCUCCACGCCGCCUCGGACGGCUCGCCCACGUAUCGCGAGCUGGACCAGAUGUUCCGGCCGUCCUUCGAGUCCCUCCUCUCGGCCCUCGACAACCUGCACAUGGCGCACAACCUCUGCCACGACGACGUCAAGCUCGACAACAUCUUCGUCGCCUCCGAGCGCGACCCGAGGCGGUGGAAGCUCGGCGACCUCGGCAACGCCCGCGAGCCCGACCACCCGUACCACCUCACGCCCCUCUGGACCGCCGACACGCCGCAGCUGCGCGACUGCCGCGCCAACGACGCGCUCCGCCUGACCAAGGCCUACCUGCAGUUCCUCCGCCGCUCCGGCAGGAACCCGGACGAGUUCGACGACGCCCUGAUGCGCGGCGUCGACACGCUCAGCAGGCUCUACUGGGCCGUCGCGCGCGCCUCGCCCCCGCUCUCGGCCGCGCAGAUAUGGCAGCUCUCCGGCGUCUACCCGCCGCAGCUGGAGGGAGCGGAACAGUCGCCGUGGAUGACGAUGCAGCCGGCCGGCGUCAAGGAGUCCCGCGGGUGGGCCCCGGCGGCGGAGGCCGUCUUUGGCUGGCGGUGGUCGCUCCGGAACGCGGUGAAGAGCGAGUUGAGGGUCGGCGCCAAGGAGAACAUGGGCAGGUUCUUUGGACUGACGCGGAUUCUGGGGAUCCCCGUCGCCGCAUGUCAAGCCGCCUGA